CCACUCCAGUCCCCGCCCUUCCCCGCCCUGCCUCGCACCGCCCCGCCUUGCCUCGCCUCACCCCUUAACGCCCGUCCCAAGGGGCGGGGCGGCCCUGGUGGGUGGUGUGGGAGUGGGUAUGGGGAGGGAAGUGGAGGAGAGGGGGUAAGUGACAGGGUAGGGGAGGCCGUGGGAAGGGCGAGACCUCGAGGCGCGGCCGCGCGAGGUGACCGGAGUCACAGUUCCCGCGGGUGGCGACAGCAGAGCGCCCACUGCCUCCAGCAGGUAACCGGCGGCGGCCGCGCGGCGCCCCCUCAGCGCGGGCGUGGGACCUGGAGAUCCCGAGGAGCGCGGCGGGACCCGGGCGGGGAAAGGCGCAGCGUGGCUCAGAUUAAUAUUAAGAUUGGAAGUUUGUGUCUUUUGCUGGAUAUUGGAAAUUGAAUGUAAUGGCAACAGAAUUUAUAAAGAGUUGCUGUGGAGGAUGUUUCUAUGGUGAAACAGAAAAACACAACUUUUCUGUGGAAAGAGAUUUUAAAGCAACAGUCCCAAAUAGUCAAAAUGCUACUAUCUCUGUACCUCCAUUGACUUCUGUUUCUGUAAAGCCUCAGGUUGGCUGUACUGAGGAUUAUUUGCUUUCCAAAUUACCAUCUGAUGGCAAAGAAGUACCAUUUGUGGUGCCCAGGUUUAAGUUAUCUUAUAUUCAACCCAGGACACAAGAAACUCCUUCACAUCUGGAAGAACUUGAAGGAUCUGCCAGAGCAUCUUUUGGAGAUCGAAAGGUAGAACUUUCCAGUUCAUCCCAGCACGGACCUAGCUAUGAUGUGUAUAACCCAUUCUAUAUGUAUCAGCACGUUUCACCUGAUUUGAGUCGACGCUUUCCUCCCUGUUCAGAAGUGACGAGACUGUAUGGAUCGGUUUGUGAUUUAAGGACCAACAAACUUCCGGGUUCCCCUGGGCUAAGCAAAUCUAUGUUUGAUCUUACAAACUCAUCUCAGCGAUUCAUCCAGAGACAUGAUUCAUUGUCCAGUGUACCCAGUAGUUCUUCUUCAAGGAAAAAUUCUCAGGGGAGUAACAGAAGCCUGGAUACAAUUACUCUAUCAGGAGAUGAAAGGGACUUUGGGAGACUGAAUGUGAAAUUGUUUUAUAAUUCUUCAGUAGAACAGAUCUGGAUCACAGUUUUACAGUGCAGAGAUUUAAGUUGGCCCUCUAGUUAUGGAGACACUCCUACUGUUUCUGUAAAAGGAAUACUUACAUUGCCCAAACCAGUGCAUUUCAAAUCUUCAUCCAAGGAAGGUUCCAACGCUAUAGAAUUUAUGGAAACGUUUGUAUUUGCUAUUAAACUUCAAAGUCUACAAACUGUAAGGCUUGUAUUUAAGAUUCAAACCCAGACUCCCAGGAAGAAAACCAUUGGAGAAUGCUCACUGUCACUCAGAACCCUUAGCACACAGGAAAUGGAUUACUCUUUGGAUAUAACACCACCUUCAAAAAUUUCUGUUUGCCAUGCAGAACUUGAAUUGGGGACUUGUUUUCAAGCAGUAAAUAGCAGAAUUCAGUUACAAAUUCUUGAGGCACAGUACCUUCCAAGCUCAUCAACACCUCUGACUUUGAGUUUUUUUGUGAAGGUGGGAAUGUUUAGCUCGGGAGAGUUGAUUUAUAAGAAAAAGACACGCUUACUGAAGGCCUCUAAUGGAAGAGUCAAGUGGGGAGAGACUAUGAUUUUUCCACUUAUACAGAGUGAAAAAGAAAUUGUUUUUCUCAUUAAGCUUUACAGUCGAAGCUCUGUAAGAAGAAAACACUUUGUGGGCCAGAUCUGGAUAAGUGAAGACAGUAAUAACAUUGAAGCAGUGAACCAGUGGAAAGAGACAGUAAUAAAUCCAGAAAAGCCUUUUUCAGGUGAGGAGGUACUAAUGCUGGUUAUUUCCUUGAAGCUUUAUGUGGACCUAUAAAUAAAAAUCCAAUCUCCUGCUAAUAGGUACGCAUAUUGUGAGAAAAACGUUAGGAGCUGGUAGUAAAAAAUGAGAUUCUAUGCCAAAAUAACUUCUCUUCGUAUUUGCCUAGGCAUUUCUUGACCUUUACCCACUUACGCAAGGAGAAGGAAAUCAUAAUGAUGCCACGUGACCAAAGGAAACCAUGGAAGGGUUCACGCUGUUAGCUGAUAGCUUGCACAGUGCUCAUUCCUAACAGUGGAUUUACUUGUAAGCUUUCAGAUCAACACAAAUAGCUGCAGCCUGGGUUAAAAUAUAACAUCACUAUUUGGCUUUUGUUUUGCAUGAUUUUUAAAAGCAGUACUCCUAGGGAAAUGGCCUCUGAAGUAUAUCAGUUUCAUCUCUUACCAAGACUGUUAAGAAAAAACUAGUGGGAUUUUGAACAAGUUAUAUAAUUGUGGUCUGAAAAGAACCUAAACUGAAGUUCUGUUUAAAUAUAGUUACAUAAAUUUCUCUGAUACUAACGUACUCAACAGCUGGGUGUAAACUAUAUCUCCUAGUAACAUUUUCCAUUUUUGUUUAAUCAAAUACUUGCUUAUGAAGGAUUUCAGAAAUUUGUAAUAAAUGUCAGCUUUUGAUCGCAUAGCAGUAAUUGACAUUUCAAAAAUAUAUAUUUCUUUCUGUGUUUGGUUGGGUGUAAUGAGGAAAGUACCUGAUAAAAUGUCUGAAGACACUUUCUAAUGUUGUCUUGGUGCAUAAGCUAUAAUUUUUAUUCAAAAUUAAAUUUCAAAUGUUUGCAGUUUUGGCUAAAACAUUGAGUUGAAAGAAUUAUGAAAAGUGGGCCCAUAUGAAGUACCAUGUUCAUUUUGAAAUAUAGAUUUAAGAUUUAGAAAUAUAUUAAAAGAGUUAAUGGAGCCUCCUAAAUUGGAUUUUAUUUUGUGGGUGAAGAAUUGUAGGAAGAUGAAUGUGGCUUACAUUUUUAGUAAUCUCCUAGUGGAGUUUUUUUUAACUUAGUACUUUUUUAAGUUUUUUAAUCUAUAAAAAAUGUGAUUUCUGUAAACAAUGAUUACAAUAAAUAAUUAUAUUAAACUGCAGGACUCUGAUAAUGGCAGUAGAUGUCUAGAAAGAAAGUUCUGGGCUGGGUGCGGUGGCUCACGCCUGUAAUCCCAGCACUUUGGGAGGCCCAGGUGGGCGGAUCACAAGGUCAGGAGAUGGAGACCAUACUGGCUAACACAGUGAAACCCUGUUCUCUACUAAAAAUACAAAAAAUUAGCCAGGCGUGAUGGUGGGCACCUGUAGUCCCAGCUACUCGGGAGGCUGAUGCAGGAGAAUGGU